UGUGUAAAAUUUCAUGUGCAGAAUAGAAAUAGAACAGUUUUUUUCGACAGGAAAAAAGGGAUGAUUCCAUUGCCAUCGGUCGCGUGUACGGUUUCCCGUGUGUGAUUUAAGUUUUUUAACAUCGAAAAAAUGCUUGUUCCCCAAACAGAGUGAUAAUGUGUUUUAUUGAGUGAUUUCCAAAUCGCGUUCGCGUGAAAAAAGGCCUUAAUUUGCCCGGUGGAGAUUUUUUGUUUCUGUUGGUUUUAGUUUCACAGUAGUUAUUGCUAGUGUUUGUGUGCAGAAAACGAAUAUCAUAUUUGAAUGAUUGGCCCUAGUAAAAUCAAGGAGAAUUUAUUAAUAAAAUGUUGUGAAAACUCUCCCGUGAAAAGUAUGCAACACUUAGCAUAUGAAGUUAGAGGAAAAUCGUUAUCUGAUGCCUUUGAGGACCGUGAAGUGCAGCAUCAGUGCUAUCAACUUGCUGAAAGUGUGUUGUGAUCGGAACACGACGACUACCGACGAAUAAUCGAGAAGAGAAUGUAAAUAUGGCUGGCAGUGGCCCACAGCAAGGAAUAGCAGCAAGUCCUGUUGGCUCUGACGGGAAAAUCAGCGGCGGCCGCUAUGACUUUGAGGAUGGCGGUACAUUUUGCGGUGGAUGGGAGGAUAAUAAAGCGCACGGUCAUGGUGUUUGUACGGGUCCAAAGAAUCAAGGUGCCUACUUUGGUGCUUGGCAUUACGGCUUUGAAGUUUCGGGAAUAUAUACUUGGCCUAGUGGAUCAUCGUAUGAAGGACACUGGCAAAACGGAAAAAGACAUGGACUUGGCGUUGAAACCCGAGGCAGAUGGAUUUACAGAGGCGAGUGGACGCAAGGGUUUAAGGGACGCUACGGUGUUCGACAAAGCGUAUCAUCAACAGCCAGAUACGAAGGUACAUGGGCCAAUGGUUUGCAGGACGGCUACGGAUCAGAAACAUAUGCAGAUGGAGGAAGCUACCAAGGCCAAUGGUUACGCGGCAUGCGACAUGGCUAUGGUGUGCGCACUUCGGCUCCUUUUGGCAUGGCUGCUCGGUUUAGAACCAAGUCUAUCCGAGCAUCGAUGACAUCCUUGAGAAGCAAUGAAGGUGGCAAUAAUCAGGCUCCAGCGCCGGAUCCUGCCGAGAAAAGAAAUCAUAGAAUAGACGAUGCCCGGGGUGGAUUUGUGUUGAAGGCAAAAUCGGACGAACCGCCUGCGAGGCGAAAUAGUCUGGUGGAGAAAACGAAGAAAGGAUUGUUAUCGGGUCUAAAAAUCAGGAAACAACGUAGCACAGGUGACUUAGAAAAACGAGGUACUGGAUCCGGUAGUAUACGAUCGACGGCAUCGAUAACAUCAUGGCUUAGUACAGAAUCAUCACAAUCAGGAAUGACCAACAAAUCAGUACACACAGAUUCCAAUGCCAGUUUUAUCGUGGAAGAUGAGCAGUUAGACGGUAGUGUAAUUGAAACUUAUAUGGGUGAAUGGAAGAAUGACAAGCGUUCGGGUUAUGGUAUAUCUGAGCGAAGCGAUGGAUUAAAGUAUGAAGGUGAAUGGAUUAGUAAUAAAAAGAGCGGUUAUGGUGUUACCACUUUUAAGGAUGGCACAAAAGAGGAAGGAAAAUACAAGAAUAACGUACUAAUAACUAGCCAGAAGAAGAAACACUUGUUUCUUAUCCGGUCUGCCAAAUUUAGAGAAAGAAUAGACGCUGCCGUUGAUUCUGCGCAGCGAGCUUCAAAAUAUGCGUUACAGAAGGCAGAUAUUGCCGUUUCUCGGACAGCCACAGCUCGCGGUAAAGCGGAACUAGCGGAUGUAGCUGCGGACCACGCAAGAAUGGAUUCCGAUUUGGCCAUUCAAAUGGCCAGAGAGUUCGCUCCAGACUUUAAGCCACAACUGCUGGAACGUUUCGAACGGUUGAAACGGGAUCGAAUCAAACCGGCAAUGGAUUACACUGUCAAACAACCGCCUUCAGUGAUUCCCAAAGCAUCUGCUGGCGAUAGUUUGAUGAAACCAAAUUCUUACGGUCAUACAACAAACGAAGCAUCUCAUCUACAGUCGCAGCCUCCCAAAUACAACGACGUGUCAAGCAAUGUUUACCAACAGGGUGGAUACAACAACAACGCGCAGCAACAACAGCAAAUGUCGAACAUGAACAUGCAGCGAACUGCAGCUCGGAAAAUGUCUCAGGCGUUUGAUCGGAAUGCUCAGCAAAACUAUGGGAACAUGUCUGGCCUCACAAACGACAUACAAAACGCGUACACGAGUUCGUACACACAAAUGCAGCAUGCAUCGCCAGUUGAUGAUACUGUUCACGACAUGGCUCAACUGAGUCAUCAGCAAACGUUAGAGUCAAACUAUAUCAACAGACAAAGUCAUCACCAACCCGACGUAGAUCGAUAUCAAAAAGAUAACCUAGCUCGUCGAAAUUCCAGUCAAAUUGCUGCAAAUGCACCCCAAUCGAACCAAAUAGUUAAUCAAACGUCUAUAGAUUAUUUCGACCACUACAAACGACCACCUAGUAGGGAUGGUUCAGUCGAUCGCUAUUCAAGAGCCGCCAGUAGACUAGGUGGAACACAAUCCAGACAAUCGUCAAUAGAUAGAUCCGGUCCUUAUGUAGCUAAUCAAGGUGAAACUGUGCCUGAACGUUCAGUGCGAGCUGGUUCGCAAGUGCGAGGGAUGACCCCGAUGAGAAACGUUACAAACGUGAACAACUCUUCGGUGCCCACCGGCAACGGAAUUGGGCAGUUGCCCAUGUCCAGAGGAAAUACCCCGAUGCGCCAGCAAGCAAGUGAUCUUGCCUUUUCUAAUAAUCAAAAACCAUUCGAAGAUGUCCUGUUGAGACAACGGACGCUCGGACAAGACAUUAUUCCUUCCCCAUCUCAACCAAAACGAACUGAGAGCCUUUAUUUGGCAAAGCCACUUGGUGGUACGAAUGGGCCUGCCACAGGCAAUAGCGCAGUCCAAAAUAUGGGAACACGAGUAACCGGUGGCGGUGGCGGAGGUGGUGGUGGUGGUGGCAUGUCGAGGGCAGCAAGGGUAAGUUUCUUCAAAUCUGCUAGUAAACUUUUUGCAUCAGGAUAAAAAAAAGUGAAAUUAAAAAUCAAAACUAUCGUGCUAUCUUUUUGCACCCGCCAUUUCGACGUUCCAAGAAUAACGCGUUUUAAUGUUUGACCUUGAAUAAACAAAAAAUAGAGCAUGCAAUGUAAAAACAAUAACGAACACGAUUUUGACACGGUUGACCAUUCUGUGCAUAGAGCUUUCUAAGCCCGAUUUUACACAGACUAGCGCACCAUUUGUUUUGCUGGCUGGUACAAAAUUUAACCUCAAUUAUUUUCGUGUACGUACACGCAAUACAUGCGCACGUAGAUAACUCUAUUGUCUCGAAGUUUGGUUGAAUUUGGUUGCCGGAGUCCCGAGUUAUAAUAACAAAAUUUAAUGUUUUCGGUAGUCGAGCUCGUACUUGGGUCAAACGCGUUCUGACGUUCUGUGUCAAAAUAGCACAAAAAGAUUGAAACUCUUCUUUCAUAUGAAAAAAUAUAACAAUGCACGGAGUUUUUUCGGUUUUUAUUAAAUAUCUCACCUCGAGCGACAAGAUAUCGAGCGACAAGAUAUCACGAUAGUGACGAUAUGCUCAAUAUUAUUCGCGAUUAAAAGCUCAAAAAUUUCGACAGAUGGCGCAAAGCAUCGAAGAAUGACGAUUCAAAUUUUCGCUGUUCGGUUACAUAGGAAUGCAAAUUUAAAAUUGAAUUUACAGCUCUUAGAACAACUUUUGAGAAAAAAAUCAAGUAGUACGAGUGUAAACUUUUUGCCCUCUAUAAAUUAACGCAAUAAAAAAAAAUAGAAAAAAAUAAUUUUGAAAAAAUAAUAUUGUUUAAAAUGAUAGAGCAUCAAAAGUUAACAAAGUACCCAGUAACGAAAUAUUCUAGCAGAGCUGGUUCUGUCAGAUUUCUGCUAGAACGGUGGAACAUUUCUGCUAGAAUGCUCUAAGAAUAUUCAGCUCUCUAAGAAUUCUGCUAGAAUCCUGCUAGAACGUCGAGACUGGGUAUUAGCUCGGAUUUUUGCUCAAAAGUUGUUCUAUGAGCUGUAAAUUCAAUUUUAAGUUUGCAUUCCUAUGUAACCGAACAGCGAAAAUCUGAAUCGUCAUUCUUCGAUGCUUUGCGCCAUCUGUCGGAAUUUUUGAGCUUUUGAUCGCGAAUAUAUUUUUCUAUUUUUGAUCGCUGA